ACUCGCGACUGGACCUUGGGCCGUGUUGCCAUCCUCAGCCCCCGAGCCCGCCCAGGGGUCCGCACGGCCCAGGUCUGAGCUGCGGGCUUCUCCUGGGGGGCGCGCUGGGAGUGGGCUCGAUCCCCAAAGCCCAUUUCAACGCCCCAGGUGUGACUACGACGGCAGGGGCAGGCCACCCGCCCUCACCCCUUCCUCGGCCAGAGCGCCUCUGCCGGGAGCCGACGACCGCGGCCUGACCCCAGGCCCCACCGCCCACUCCGGCCCCCGCCCUUCCUCCACGGUCAGGGGUCACACACAGCGGACGCCCAGUUCUCAGCUGCCCCUUUGAUCUCCGAAUUUGGGAGCCGGUGUGUCCGCUUGAGCGUGCACUGCCACGGGCACGGGGACCCCUUUGCUGCUGCGGGGCGGAGCCCCGACGGCAGGUGGGAAGACCUGGCUUGCCUGCGUCCCCCGCCCCCCAGCUCAGGCGACCCGGGGCGAGGCUCUCAGCCCUGGGCUUCCCCGCUCGGGUUCCGAGGGAGGGGCCGGGCCUUGGGGCGCGCAGACCCGCCGCCGCGCGUGCGCAUGCGCCGGCCGCGAGCCCCCGGGUGCAGGACUGGGCGGCUCCGGCCCGCGCACUUGUCCGGGCGCCGCGGCUUAGCGCGCCCCAACCUCCAGCUCCGGUGGAGAGCUGGGGCGGGACUGAAGCACCGUGUUCAUCCAAGUAUCCCCUCGCCGGCAGCAGCCCUGGCCUCGCAGAUGCUCCGUGCGCUCCGGCGCACGCAGAGACUGGCGCUGCAGCCUCCGGGCCAACGGCACGCGAGCAAAGCUGGUUGGCAAACUGGGACACGCACUAGAAGUUGGGGCUGCACCGACUCUCGCCGCUUCGGGGGAGGCAUGGGCCCGGGCAGGCCUAGGAGGAAGCUGCACAGCCCGAGGCCCGGGCGGGAGUGGCGGGCCGCGGACAAGGGAAUGUAUAUUUGGAAGGGGUCAGGACCUCGGCUGGAGUCUGGCUUUUUAUGGCGAGGAAGCCGACUGGGAAGGGCCUUCUGGCGAGGCUUUCCUGUUGUGCCACUUGUCCCCGGCAGCGCCGGGCGCGAGGAACGCGGGCUGCACAGGGGCGGGGGAGGGGGCUUUGCCCGGCGGCUCCGAGGACUCCACUAUGGGGUCGGGCCCGUGGGUAGGCCCGCCCAGGAGCCAGCUGGCAAUUGCAGCGGACUGUCACGUUAUGCCGCUGUCACCAAACACUUACUAGAAAUCACUGUCCUGCGCCUCCAGGAGAAUCCGUCGAACCUGAGAGGGGGGAGGGGGAUGGGGUGGGCGCGCAGGAAGCCCCACAGACACCAGGACAUCAGCCCCUCGAGUUCUCUCUGGGAAUUUCUAGCACCCGGGCUGUCCCUGGCUGUGGGAACCACGGCGGGGCGUCUCCCUCCUAAGCUCUCCCUGGGACACCGGGCGCGCCCCCCUCGCCCGUGGGUUAGCGCACACUCCCCCACGCGAUGGCCAGCACAGCCACUGUGAGGCCCCGCCUUGGCCGCAUGUGUCCUUUGCGAGUGAUAAUAGUAAAAAUCGUUGGAACCGCAAGGAAGCCCCUGGCCCCGGCUCCGCAGCCGCUGCUGUCCUGAAUGCCGCGGCCUGGCCCGAUCCACGAGUGAACACCCGGCUGCAGACCGAGCCGGGCCUACCGGACUGGCGCGGGGCUCCGGGGACAGGCCUCGCAGGGCCCUCCUGCGCACCGUCUGGGACGCCGAUUUUGCCGACUUGGAGGACAAUUUUUGUUUUCACUCUACCAACAGAUUUUUAAAAAUCCAAUGGCCGCUGAAACGUGCUUCUCCCCCACCCCCGCCCCCCGUCCGGUUUGUACGUCUGUAGCCAUUAACGAGCCCCGGCACAGCCUCCGGGACCAAUGACCUGCUUUUAUACUGAAGGAAAUGCGGAGGCCUUAAGAGUUAAUGGCGCUAAAUGUGUUGGUUUUCCUGCUUUUUCCCCGGGGUAGGUAAUGGGAGGGGGGAUGUCCCUCUCUCCACCUCUUCCCUCCCCUCUCUUUCCAUCUCCCUCUCCCUCAUCUCAGGAUCUAAGUCGUCCUCAAAGCUCUCCAAAAAUCUCCUUCCUUUCCCAACCUUGAGUACAUGGAACCACAUCCCCACCCCGCUGGAGACCCUCCCUGGAGCCUCCUCCGCCUCUCUAGGCCCUGCCUGGGGUCCCACCACUUAGGUCAAGCCAGAGGCCUCACUGCCUGGUCCUGGAUCCCGCUCUGAUGCUCUGAUGCUCACUUGCUGGGCUCACAAAUUGCUCUCCCAUGCCCACCCAAGUAGCACCAAGCUGUGUUGACUUAGGGGGUCAAGGAGCAGCCCACUGAGUCCCCUCAGUAGGAGCGGCCUGCAGUGGCAGCUACAGGAGAGGGUGGGCAGUCGAGUCCUAAUGACACCCAUGGGGACCAGUGGGCUUGGAGGGGCCCAUGGACAGCCCAGAGAAAGAAGAUGCUCUUUGGGAGAAAAGGAGGCAUCCUCUAGACUGGGAAGGGGCCGGGGAAAAGCCCCACCGAGGCUUGCCUGUCACCCUCCCAACCCCAGGCAGGGAGAUUCUGAGCUGGGAGCAAUUCCAGGCCCUCCCCAAGGACCACACAGGCCCAGCCUCUUCUCUCUGGCUGUGUCUCCCAGUGUGAGCUCCAGCCUUCUCCAGGACAGGGCCAGGUCUAUGUGCAAGGAAAUUCCAGAUCCUACUGCAUCUCCCAUAAUACACUCAAUAUGCUGCAAAUUUGAAAUCAGUGAGGGAAAAAAUCAAGUAAACAACCAAAAAAAUAAUAUAAACCAGAGGGUUUCUUUGGGGCCAGGGUAAGAUGGGAAAGGAGCACAACAAAGGUCUUAAAUUGAACCUUACGCUCUCCGCGCUACUUUGGUUUCCAAGAAGGUGGAUAUGGUACAUUUUGCUCAAUUUUCCACUCGUAAUCACGUUGAGAAUGUUCGUGGAGAAGCUGCUUUCAUUUUCCUGAAUGGGUUUUGGAGCUGGAAUUCAUUUACUUAAGUAUUGUUUCUUUCCCAGCCGACUAGGACCUGGAACCUGCCAGUCAGGCUGCUGUGUGGCCCCAAGUCUGUCCAGGCCUGGGUGCAAGCUCGGCCCCAGGGCUGCCUCCGGCCCAUCCCCCAGAUGGUGCAGUGGAGGGUAGGCAUGCAGGCCUGGGAGCUGGGCUGGGAGUGGGGACAUCUGGGAGAAACUUUGGGGCCCCACAGCCUUCUGUGGGGGCAGGAAGGGAGAAGGAUGGGGAACAGUGACAGAGACAAAGAAACAGAGACACAAAGACGCACAGAGCCUAAUGGUUAUAGUGGAUUCCCACCAAAAAGGGGGAGAUGGGUUAAAAAGGGGUGGGAAAUCAAGGCCACAGAAGUUCCAGACAAGAAGAUAGAGCCCCAGUUGCAAAGGAAGACAUUCGGUUAAGGUGGGAGGGAAAUCGUCAAUAA